AUGCGAAUAGCCCCCCCUGCCUUCACUGUUCUUCUCUCGUCCGCCCUCUCCGGUCUCGUCUCCGCCAGCGGUUUCGACUGCAAAGGCAUUAAAAUCGAGGGAUUUAAAUACGACCUCAGCCCCUUAGGCGGAGUCCACACAUUAUGGCACGUUAACGAAACAGAAACUUACACCGUGAAUACCACCUACGUGUUGAACAUAUGUAGUACCCUUCGGGGGGCUGCCAACAGGGAUGACAUGAAAUGCGGCACUUCCAAAAACAUCUGCGGUUUCGAAAUCAAACACCCUCGGGACGACUCCGGGAAUUCUCACCAAGGGUUCCCCAUAGCAGGACUCGAUCCCGUGGGCCAUGGCUCCAAGGAAGCGGAAAUCACCCGUCUAAAGAAAGAUGAUCCUGAGCGGGAGGGUCUCCGACUGACAAUGUCCGGGGGAGAGUACCGCUACCAGGACAACAAGAAGAAAAAGACGAAUGCGGUCAUCGAGUUCCAAUGCGAUCCCGACCGGUCGGGAUUGGAGGGUCUUGGGACGACAAAAGAAGGAGCAGAUAAGGAAGAGAACAAGGGACGACGAGACGGCGAUCGGUCGCCUAGUCUUGAAUUCAAGAGUUUCGAUAUGUCCGAAGCUGACGACAUGUACGUUCUCAGGCUGGAUUGGAAGACUCGCUAUGCAUGCGACAAUUAUAAGGGCGAUGAUAAUAGUGAUUCAUCCGGCCACUGGGGAUUUUUCACGUGGUUGAUUAUCAUCUUCUUCAUGUGCGCCGCCGCCUACCUUAUCUUCGGCUCCUGGUUGAACUACAACCGCUACGGAGCCCGCGGUUGGGAUCUGCUGCCUCACGGUGAUACCCUCCGUGAUAUUCCGUACAUCUUCCAGGAUUGGCUGCGUCGGGUCAUCAACACGCUGCAAGGGACAGGGUCCAGAGGGGGGUACAGUGCAGUGUAG